GCACCAUUCAGAUUUCCUGUCUCGAACAGGUUGCUUUUGCUCUUCCCCUUCUGCUAUUCACACAGCACUGAGGCAGUGCCUUGUUCAGACAUCCUCCUGCACAUCACUGCAGCACAAACCCAUCUCAUUCCUGCUCCUUGACUCUCCACAUCCUACAUCAUCAUGUCUAGCACCAUGGCCGCCUACAAAGAGAAGAUGAAGGAGCUGUCAAUGCUCUCCCUGAUUUGCUCCUGUUUCUACACUCAACCACAUCCCAACACAAUUAACAAAUUUGGUGAUAUGGAAGUGAAACCAAUUAAUAAACGUGCAUCUGGACAAGCCUUUGAAGUUAUUCUGAAACCACAGUCCACUGACUUGUCCCCUGAGCAACCCAUCACACCAAAGAAGGACAUCUCUUUGGAGAAGCUGCAGGACCAGCUGGAUGCUGCGGAGAAUAGGAGAAAGUCACAAGAGAUGCAGCUUCUGCAGCAACUGGCAGAGAAACAGCAGCACAGGCACAUUGUGCUACACCGGGCUAUUGUGGAUAACAGCAACUUCAGCACGACUACCGAAAGGAAGUUAAAUCAGAAAAUGGAAACUUAUGAUGAAAAUCGCAAAGCCCACAUAGCCGCUCUCCAGGAUCGCCUACGUGAGAAGGAAAGGCAUGCAGCCGAGGUCCGCAGAAACAAGGCGCUACGAGAGGAACUUUCUGGCUAAAAAAAACGUUCUAUUGCUUUGCAAAGAACACCGUGGAAUGAAUCUACUAAUAAAAUCCUGGUUAUCACGAUACGUCUUUUGUUUCUGAAUUCGGUACUUAUUAUAUAAAUAGGUCAUGCUUUUUUUGCAUUUGGAAUAUUGGUUUUUUCUUUCUGUGCAAUACCGAGAAUUGUAAGCAGGCAAAAAUCAGCAGCACAUCAGUAAUCUAAUAAUAAUCAACACAUUCAGAGUAUUAAUUGUUAUUGACAUCAUAAUCUGCCAAUGUACUUUAUCUUGUACAGUAUAUAGAGAUGCAUUAUAUUGAUUGACAGACUCAACCUACAAUUAGAGAAAAAAUGCCAACAAAUUGAUUAAUUUUAUUAUAUUUCCUGCAUAAUUGAAUCAUUAUGUUUCCCUAAAAUUUAUAGGUGCUCAUAGGUAUUAGAAGUUUUGGAUGGAUUUCACCAUUCUUUGUUGGAGUUCUCUUGGAUCUAAAGGGAAUGGUGAUAUCUGUUGUCCAGCAUGAUGUAAUUGUCAGAAUCUAUAUCCAUUUGAAGAAUAAUUGAGUACCUCAUAUAUGGUUUAUUUGCACAAAUCAUUAUUUGUAUGUCAAACCCAAUUAAUCAAAUCAGGUUAAAAUUGACUAUUUAUCAAACAUAUUUCUAAAAAAGUGUGCCUAAGAUGUAUUUUAAAAUAUAUAUUUUAUUAUUUAAAUAUUAUUUUAUUUAAUAAUGGCUUUAUUUUUUUAAUUUUCAUUAAUAACAAUGAGUUAACAAAUAAAGAAUUUUAGAUGAAGAUGAAUGUCAAUUAAUUACUCUGUGGAAAGAUCAGAGAUUAAUUAUGACCUGUUGCCGCCUAAAGGUCUAUAUGUCUUAACUAACUAUGGAGUGUUCAGUCUUAUCAAACGGUGACAUUACUCACUAGACCUUCACAAGAACUAUCUAUUUGGCUCUUUAUGUGGGGUGAACUUGUUCAUAAACAGAGUAAGUUCCAUCUUUAAAUAGCAAAUGUCAUUGGUAGCAUUGUAUUAUAUAUGAAUCUUUCUAUAUGUCCAUGCUCUCUGAAGAGGGGGAAACUUCCAAGCUAGUAAGCAAUGUUUUGGUGAAAUUAGUCUCUCUACAAAAAUGGUGUGCGAAAAGUUCUAAAUUAUCCAGCUAACUUUUUGUCUUAUUACUGCGAUAACUGUGCUGAGUAGAAAACGGUUUGCCAAAUAUAAAGCUGUAUAAGUUCCAGAGUGUUUGUUUGUUGUGCAGUGUAACUUUGAAGAUUCUUUUGUAAAUACCUACUUUUUUUAAAAAUUGUUUGGCAGGCUAGUACAUAAUGCAUAACACUGUGUCAUGCUAACACCUCAUUUAAUGAUGUGCCAUUUCACCUCAGGCUCUGCCAGUGUAUGUAUUUGCCUAUCGGACUUGAAACUAGAGUCAGGGUAAGACCGUAAAUUAUGCUACAUUCUUUCAUCUACUCACUGUAUUUGAAGGGGGCUUGUUUUAAUCACUUGAUUAGAUCUUGCUAUUUUUUGAUGUGUUUGUAUAUGAAUCCUUAUGGGAAGAUGCUAACAAAUUUCUCUCGCUUUACACAAUAAAAAAUGACUGGAAGUAGUCAAUUUGAAGAUUCUUACCCACCCAUUUUAGAUUCCAUAAUGUGCAUUUAAAUGUCAGUUUAAGAUUGCUGUAAUGUGCAAGGUGUGAUUACAAAAUAAAGUCCAUGAUAUACACAGUUA